CAAUGGCCGGGUCAGGCUGGGCUGCCAGCAGCUAACUGGCCGUAGGCCUCCGAAUCCAGGCUUUAGAAAGACAGGGGGUGGAGGGAGGAGGAGGUGGCGGCCUGCGGAGUGACUCACGCUGGCCCUCAGGCUCCCGCCUCUGGAGCUGCAGGGGUAAAUCACUGAGGACCUGUCACCGGCUCUGUAAGAGGGAGACACGAAGAGCGCUGCCCCCAUGUCCCCGCCUUGAGGGGCCACUGCUUGGCAGGAGGUGUGGCCGCGUCGGGACCAUGUCCGCUGAGCCCGCGAACGGCCCCACCGAGGACCAGGUGGAGAUCCUGGAGUACAACUUCAACAAGGUCAACCGGCAUCCGGACCCCACCACGCUCUGCCUGAUCGCGGCCGAGGCCGGCCUGUCCGAGGAGGAGACCCAGAAAUGGUUCAAGCAGCGCCUGGCCCAGUGGCGGCGGUCAGAAGGCCUUCCCUCAGAGUGCAGAUCUGUCACAGACUAAGGGGAUUGCAGGCACUGGCUGCUUCCUUCCACCAAGACCACCUGCUGCCUCUCUCCUCCACACCACCAAGCGCUUUGGCUUUUUCAAUGUAGUGUUGCAUGUUCCACUGUUUGUUCUGCUGUUUAACACAAUGUUGCAUUGUUAAAAUGUAUAUAACUAGAAAAGUAACCAAAGGAAGCUGUGGGCAGCUUCUGUGUAAAGCAGUGGCUUGGCUGGAAAGUGGUGUGGCUUGCAUUUCCUUUUCGUUGGAUGACAGAUGGUGUGAAAACCAUUGAAGUUUUCUUUUUACCAUCACCCUCCUGGUACCAGUUUCCUUUUACCAGCCAUUUUAGAGCAGCAAGGCCUCUGUCUUGAAAAGAUAAGAUGACCAAGAGGGAGAAACAUUUCCUUCUAAUUCUACUCCCCUAAGGCAUUUUCCUUAUGUUUCAUUUAAUACAUUGCAAUGGAGUGGGAAUAUAGGGACAGCUGAGUCAUUCCGAUUCAUAAAGCAGGUCCUUGGAUUAGAGCUGCAUGAAUCUGGAAAACACUCAGGCUGGAAGACCGAAACUCCAGCCAGCAGAAAGUCAAGUAACUAAGGGGAAAAAUUUACAAAAGUCUUGAAUUUACCUUAUUUAAACGCAUUUGCUAAAUUUAUUUUGCUAAACAAAAUGAACUGCUUUUUGUCUCUAAAAUAAUAUUCUAAAUAAAAUGUUAACAUUUUGUUGAAAAUA